AUGUCGUCUGACCGCGCCGAUAUCGACAUCUUUGCUUUGACCGCUGAUGUUCCCGAUGACGAGGAAACCGUCACUCUGAGACGCAAGGUUCGCGAGCUCUGCGAUGAGAUGCAAACUCUAGUGGAUUCAGCUCCUGCUGAAAAGGAUCCCGCGCUGUAUGUAGAGAAAGAAGCGUGGUGUCGGAGCUGGACGCGCCUCCUCACUCAUCGCGCGACACUCCAGAGCGCGCUGAACACUUGCAUUAAGCUCGCGAAGGACAAAAGCCUGCCGGUUGACCUGUCCAUCGCGGAAAGGGAGUUAGGAAGACAAGCCGCCGGAAAAUACGUGGCGUUUGAGCUCGAAAUCAGCAAAAUGAAGGCCGCCGCGGCGAGGCAGGCAGAUGCAGAUGGCCAGGUGCCUGACCUGAUGCAGCACCUACAAAUCGAUGAGGGCCGGGAGGAACCUCGCCUUCAACCGCAACCGCAACCGCAACCGCAACCGCAACCGCAACCGCAAGAAGGGCAGGGGCAACAGCAACAGGAGGAGGAGGAUGAAGCGGAGCAGCAGAAGCAGGUGCAGGCGCAGCUCGACGAGCCGCAGGAUGAGGAAGAGCAAUAUCGAGGUCAAGAAUCGAACACAGCGGACGAUGACGUUGUCGAUCCGGUGACCACUACCAACACAAUUCCUGUUCAGCGCAAGCGGAGGUAUCCACGUCCCAUUGCUUCAAGCCCAGACGUCUCGCCGACAUCCAUGCCUAAGACGGCCCAGGCGAUGCCCAAGAAGAGCACCCUGCCCACGAGCGUCGCGAACGAUAAGGUCAAUAAAGUCCCAUGCAACAAUUGUGCGCAUGUGGGUCACAAAUGCAAUAGCAAUCCUGCUGGCCAGGCUUGCCUCGACUGCAAGCGGCUCAAGAUCGCAUGUUCACUCGUUGAGAAAGGCAAGGCAAAGGCGUUGCCUACGCCGGUUUUCCUGCCUGCCGCACCUCCCACCUCUCCCAAGCCCACCGCGGCUUCCAGGCCCAAACCUGCGCCUGCACCCAAGGCUAAGGCCAAGGCCAAGUCUACGGUCAUGCCAACACCUCAGCCCGCUGCCGGUCCCUCAAACACGAAGGAUAAGGCCAAGGCCAAGUCCACGGUCAAGCCAACAACUCAGCCCGUUGCAGGUCCCUCAAACACCAAUGCCGCAUACAUCCUCCUCGAUAGCAGUCGCAGCAUCCUAAACAACAGCAACAACAAUCGCAAGAGGAAGCUCGCCCAAGUCCAGGAGCAGGAUCAUUCAGAGAGCGAUGAAGAGGGUGCAUACGAGGCAGGGAGGAUUGAAGCGCUUCCCGGCUUGAUCUCAAUUGUUGAGACGGCCGUCGACGCGCUGAAAAAGGAAGUCAGCGCGAUUAACGGGUACAUGGCCACAAAGCGUCGCCGCCUCUAA